AUGGCAACAUUAGCAGAACAAGCAUCAAAGCUUUUGGAUUUUAAUCAAAAGCUUGAUAUAACACUUCUUGAUAACAUAGUAGGUUGUAUGUAUACUGGGAUAGGUGAGCAACAAAGAGUUGCACAAGAAGUAUUAACCACACUUAAGGAACAUCCAAAUGCAUGGACACGUGUAGAUACUAUUCUAGAAUAUUCACAGAACCAACAAACAAAGUAUUAUGCUUUACAAAUAUUGGAACAAGUAAUAAAGACACGGUGGAAAGUAUUACCACGAAAUCAGUGUGAGGGUAUAAAAAAGUACAUUGUAGGCCUUAUUAUAAAAACAAGCAGUGAUCCUGAAACAAUGGAGGCUUCUAAAGUUUAUCUCAAUAAACUUAAUAUGAUUUUAGUUCAGGUGUUAAAACGAGAAUGGCCAAAAAACUGGGAAUCCUUUAUUGGUGACAUUGUUGGAGCAAGUAAAACAAACGAAAGUCUUUGUCAGAAUAACAUGGCUAUUUUGAAAUUAUUGUCAGAAGAAGUAUUUGAUUUUUCUAGCGGACAAAUGACACAAACAAAAGCAAAACAUUUAAAAGAUACAAUGUGUAGUGAAUUCUCACAAAUAUUUCAACUCUGUCAGUUUGUAUUGGAUAAUUCACAAAAUGUUCCCUUAGUAGCAGUAACACUAGAAACUCUUUUAAGGUUUUUAAAUUGGAUUCCCCUUGGAUAUAUUUUUGAAACAGAAUUGAUAAGUACACUAGUAUUCAAGUUCUUGAAUGUACCAAUAUUUAGAAAUAUCACACUAAAAUGUUUGACUGAAAUUGCUGGUGUCACAGUAUCAACUUAUAAUGAUAUGUUUGUAAUGUUAUUUGUUCAUGUAAUGAGACAAUUAGAACAAAUUCUACCACUUGAUACCAAUAUACGUGAGGCAUAUGCAACUGGUCAAGAUCAAGAGCAAAAUUUUAUUCAAAACCUAGCUAUAUUUCUUUGCACAUAUUUGAAAGAACACGGUCAGUUUAUAGAGACAAAGCAAUUGAAUGAUAUGCUACUCAAAGCAUUGCACUACCUUGUUUUAAUCUCUGAAGUUGAAGAGGUUGAAAUAUUCAAAAUUUGUUUGGAGUAUUGGAAUGCAUUGGCAAUGGAUUUAUAUAGUGGAAGUCCUUUGGUGGCUCCGUCGCCGUUGUUUAAAAGCAUGACAAUUCCACCCAGAAGAUUAUUCUAUUGUUCAGUUUUAACGAAAGUGCGGUACAUUAUGAUUAGCAGAAUGGCUAAGCCGGAAGAAGUCCUUAUUGUAGAAAAUGAGAAUGGAGAAGUUGUCAGAGAAUUUAUGAAGGACACUGAUUCUAUUAAUUUGUAUAAAAAUAUGAGAGAAACUCUCGUGUAUCUUACUCAUCUUGACUAUAUGGAUACAGAAAGAAUAAUGACAGAGAAACUGCAAAAUCAAGUUAAUGGAUCAGAAUGGUCAUGGAAGAAUCUCAAUGCGUUAUGCUGGGCAAUAGGUAGUAUUUCUGGUGCAAUGCAUGAAGAAGAUGAGAAACGAUUUUUAGUAACGGUAAUCAAAGACCUGUUAGGUCUUUGUGAGCAGAAAAAAGGCAAAGAUAACAAAGCUAUUAUUGCUAGCAAUAUUAUGUAUGUAGUUGGACAAUAUCCAAGAUUUCUUAGAGCACACUGGAAAUUUUUAAAGACUGUUGUAAAUAAACUCUUUGAAUUUAUGCACGAAACCCAUGAUGGUGUACAAGAUAUGGCCUGUGACACAUUCAUAAAAAUUGCAUUGAAAUGUAGGCGACAUUUUGUUACAGUACAAAUAGGUGAAGCAGUACCAUUCAUUGAAGAAAUUCUUUCCACUAUUAGUAGUAUCAUUUGCGACCUUCAAACACAGCAGGUACAUACUUUUUAUGAAGCGGUUGGAUACAUGAUAAGUGCACAGACAGAUACAGUAGUUCAAGAGCAAUUAAUAGAAAAAUAUAUGCUUUUACCAAAUCAAGUUUGGGAUGAUAUAAUAAGUCAAGCAUCUAAAAAUGUAGAUGUAUUAAAAGAUCAAGAAGCUGUAAAACAACUUGCUAGUAUUUUAAAAACAAAUGUAAGAGCUUGCAAAGCUCUCGGGCAUCCGUACGUGAUACAAUUAGGAAGAAUAUAUUUAGAUAUGUUGAACGUUUAUAAGGUUAUGAGUGAAAAUAUAAGUGCUGCAAUAGCUUUAAAUGGUGAAAUAGUGAUGGAACAAUCUUUAAUUAAAAGUAUGCGAGUAGUCAAAAAAGAAACACUAAAACUGAUCUCCGAUUGGGUUAGCAGAACACCCGAUCAUCAAAUGGUCUUGGAAAACUUCAUACCACCAUUAUUGGACGCUGUAUUAUUGGACUAUCAAAAAACAAACGUUCAUUGUGCUCGAGAACCAGAGGUGCUAAGUGCUAUGGCCACUAUUGUAAACAGAUUAGAGGGUAACAUCACCAGUGAAGUACCGAAAAUAUUCGAUGCUGUGUUUGAGUGUACUCUAGAAAUGAUAAAUAAAGAUUUUGAAGAAUUCCCAGAGCACAGAACGAAUUUCUUUCUACUUUUACAGGCAGUGAAUGUUUACUGUUUCCCUGCAUUUCUUUCAAUUCCACCAGCACAAUUUAAACUUGUUCUUGAUUCAAUAAUUUGGGCUUUCAAACAUACAAUGAGAAACGUUGCAGAUACAGGGUUACUAAUACUGUAUCAGCUUCUACAGAAUAUUGAAAAUGAGGAAGCAGCGCAAAGUUUUUAUCAAACAUAUUUCACAGAUAUUCUUCAACACAUAUUCAGUGUAGUUACAGACACAUCACAUAUAGCAGGUCUUAAUAUGCAUGCUACAAUUCUGGCAUACAUGUUUUCAUUGGUCGAACUUGGGCGAAUUCAAGUACCUUUAGGACCUGUACCAGAUAACACGUUGUACGUUCAAGAAUUUGUCGCAAGAUUGCUUAAAGCAGCAUUUCCACAUUUAACAGAUAAUCAGAUUAAAAUAACCGUGCAAGGAUUAUUUAAUCUUAAUCAGAAUAUACCAGCAUUCAAGGAACAUCUUAGAGAUUUCCUGGUUCAAAUUAGAGAAUAUACUGGUGAAGAUGAUUCAGAUUUGUAUUUAGAAGAGCGAGAAACCGCAUUACGAUUCGCUCAAGAAGAGAAAUGGCGAAAGAAAAUAUCAGUUCCAGGAAUACUUAAUCCUCAUGAAAUACCAGAUGAAAUGCAGGACUGA